UCCUGAAGGACCCAAACUUUUCUGGCCCUCCUUGAAUUCUUCCACUCAUCGUUAUACUCUUUGUAGACUACGUGCAAGCUGACAUGCUCAUCUUUUGAGAAGUCCUGGAGCGGAUGAGAGCAGCGGACCAUGGCCUCGAGCGCUGUAUCUGUAAAACGGUCGCUGAUCCCGCUCUGUGUGUGGACAGUUUUGGCAUCUGCCGUACACGCGCAGUACGAGAAAUACAGUUUCAGGAGCUUUCCACAAAAUGACCUCAUGCCCCUUGAGUCUGCGUAUGGACAUGCCUUGGACCAGUACGCCGCACAGAACUGGAGGGAGAGUAUCAAGUAUUUGGAGCUAAGCUUGCGUCUACACCGGCUCUUGAAAGACAGCGAGGCGUUUUGUAGCCAGAACUGCAGCAAUGUCAGCCGAGACCCAGACCCCCUAUUUGCCGACAGCAAUCUCCGGGUUCUGCGGCACGUUUUACUCCGGGCAUCCUGCCUCAAAAAAUGCAAGGAGGACUUUCCCGUUUUCAAGAUGUCCUAUCCCAAGAAGAAUAUUCUGGAUGCCUUUGAACAGAGAUUGCCUUACCGGUAUAUACAGUACGCGUAUUACCAGUUAAACAACCUGGAGAGGGCUGUUUCUGCAGCCCACACCUACCUCCAGAAGAACCCCAACGAACCCUUCAUCUCCAAGAACAUGAACUACUACAAGACCCUCUUCGACGUGGAGGAGUACCUGAUUGACCACGAGGAGCGACCAUAUGAGAGUGUUUUCCUGAAGUCGGUGAAGCUCUUUAACUCGGGAGACUUCAGCAGCUGUGCGAGGGACAUGGAGCUGGCGGCCAGCGAGUUCUUUAAGGCGUAUGACCUGUGUCUGGCGGGCUGUGAGGGGGUCUAUGAGGUCACCGAGACCAAAGACUUCUACGCUUCCCUGGCAGAUCUGUACAAAGACGCUCUGCAGUGUAAGGUGCAGUGUCAGGCCAGCCUGACGCCCAACGUGGGGGGGUACUUUGUGGAGAAGUUUGUGGCGACCAUGUAUCACUACCUGCAGUUUGCCUAUUACAAGCUGAAUGACGUGCAGAACGCCGCCCCCUGUGCUGCCAGCUACAUGCUCUUUGACCCUGACGACCAGGUGAUGAAGCAGAACAUGGUGUACUACCGUUUCUACCGCGAGCAGUGGGGAUUGGAGGAGAGCCACUUCAAACCCCGCCCAGAGGCACUGCGCUAUUUUAACCAGACCACUACGCAAAAGGAGAUGCUGGAGUUUGCACUCAAUUACCUACAAACAGAUGACGAGGACACGGUGAGCCCAGAGGAAAGCGUUGUGGGACCCCCAGACCCCCCGGAUGUGGAGUUUGAAGGCCCGGGGGACUAUGAGGAGUCCUUCUAUGCAGAGUGGUGGCAAGAGCCCAAAAGCAAGGGGGACAUAGGAGAGCCUGCGGAGUGACCUAGACCUGCACCAGGACCUGCACCAGGACCCACACCAGGAUGCAUGCCAAAGUCUGGAUAGGCUGCGGGUAGACUGGACUCUGGUCAGAACCACCCACAAAAGGGAUGUUUUACAAGUCAAAUCCAGCCCCGCCCACCCCAAUUCAGCCCCACCCAAUUCAAUCCAGCCCCACCCAGUCAAAUCCAGCCCCGCCCCCCCAAUUCAGCCCCACCCACUCCAAUCCAGCCCCGCCCAGUACAAUUCAGCCUCGCCUCCAAUUCAGCCCCACCCAAUUCAAUCCAGCCCCACCUAGUCAAAUCCAGCCCCACCCACUCCAAUCCAGCCCCGCCCAGUACAAUUCAUCCUCGCCUCCAAUCCAGCCACACCCACUCCAAUCCAGCCCCACCCCGUCAAAUCCAGCCCCACCCACUCCAAUCCAGCCCCACCCAGUUCAAUCCUGCCCCACCCAGGCCAAUUCAGCCACACCCACUCCAAUCCAGCCCCACCCAGUCCAAUUCAUUACAUUACAUUACAUUACAUUACAUUACAGGCAUUUAGCAGACGCUCUUAUCCAGAGCGACUUACACAACUUUUACAUAGCAUUUUUACAUUGUAGCCAUUUAUACAGCUAGAUAUAUACUGAAGCAAUUUCGGUUAAGUACCUUGCUCAAGGGUACAACGGCAGUGUCCUACCCGGGAAUCGAACCUGCGACCUUUCGGUUUCUGCCACAGCCAUAUCACCAUCUACAAUAAACACAAAACGAGACGGCAAUAAUGAUUCAAGCUAUUGCUUUUUGAAGCUUCUGUUUACAUGUUCAUAGUCCAUAUCCGAUCUGUGCCACUGUGACGUGUGCCACUUUUACCAGGCUGUGUAAACGUAGCCCAGCUUUCCCCAGUCCAGCCCAGACAGAGAGAAAAUCAUGAAGGAGGACGCAUCCACAUAGACGCCUGACCUCCUUCCUCCAUCUCUACAGAAGGAAGUAGCAGAAUGAUCCAGCCUGUUUAUUCAGCCAAAGUUAUUUCUCAUUCAUUUACACACUCUGACCGAAGGACCGGGGUUUUUUUCAGCUUGAAAGGUGUAUUAUAAUUAUUGCCUUUGUUGUUAUCUUUAUUUAAUUGUUAAUCCCGAUUGUGCCUUGGCCCUAUGUUAGAGGGCAAUGUUCUGUGAAGCAGUUUUGCAUUGAAUGAGCUGUUCUGUCUCGCACAGUGCCAGAAUUCUGUCUGUAUUCUUGCAGUCCUCUGUCAGGCAGUUAUAUGCAAAAUGUGUCAACUGAGGAUGGAAAAAAUAAAGUGGCAUCCUGCUUUAGUGGGCUGUUA